CUCUAAUUGGCCACGAGAGGCAGCACCAGUAACCACGUCAUCAGCAGCCAUAUCAUCACUUGUCAUGUUGUUGAGCUGAAAUCUGACCAUUUUUCAUUAAUUUUCACCUCAGAAGUGGCGUAAAAAUCACUCAAAAUGGUGUUAAUUGCAGCAGCAGUAUGUACGAAAUCGGGCAAAGCGAUCGUGUCCAGGCAGUUUGUAGAGAUGACCAAAGCGCGCAUCGAAGGGUUGCUGGCCGCCUUCCCGAAACUCAUGUCUUCGGGGAAACAACACACGUUUGUCGAAACUGAAUCUGUCCGAUAUGUAUACCAGCCACUAGAGAAACUCUACAUGUUGCUCAUCACUACCAAAGCCAGCAACAUCUUGGAGGACCUCGAGACACUCAGACUUUUCUCCCGAGUGAUUCCUGAAUACUGCCGCUCAAUGGAAGAAAGUGAAAUUGCAGACAAUGCAUUUAAUUUGAUCUUCGCCUUUGACGAAAUUGUUGCCCUCGGCUACCGAGAAAGUGUAAAUCUGGCCCAGAUCAGAACAUUUGUCGAAAUGGACUCCCAUGAGGAAAAAGUCUACCAAGCUGUGCGCCAGACGCAAGAAAGGGAAGCGAAAAACAAGAUGCGAGAAAAAGCCAAAGAGCUGCAACGGCAACGGAUGGAGGCGGCCAAGAAGGGUGGCAUCAAAGGACCAGCCUACGGAGCAAGUGGAGGUUUUGGAGUUUCCGUUUCCUCCAGUGCUGCUUACUCCUCUACUCCUGUUGUUGUGGACGCAAUGGAACACGUCAGCAAGCCAAGCUACUCCAUGCCGAAAACCAAUGCCAGCAACAAAGCUAUGAAAUUAGGCAGCAAAUCAAGGGAUGUUGACAGUUUUGUUGAUCAGCUCAAGUCUGAGGGAGAGCACAUUUCUGCAAUGAGCCAAAAGCCGGCCGCUUCAUCUGGUCCGAUGAAAUCAUUGCCACCAUCAAAUGUCAACACUGAAGACGUUCAUUUGAGGCAAGAAGAACGAAUGCUAGUUGUGAUCGGAAGAGAUGGAGGGCUAAGGAGUUUCGAGUUGCACGGUUUGGUCACUUUGAGAAUCAGCAAUGAGAAGUUCGGAAGGAUCAAAGUGCUUCUGCAAAAUCAAGACGACAAAGGCAUUCAGCUACAGACUCAUCCUAAUGUGGAUAAAGAUUUGUUCAGAAGCAAGGGUGAAAUCGGGCUUAAAAACGCAUCAAAAGCAUUCCCUCUGCACACUGAUGUUGGGGUGUUGAAGUGGAGACUCCAAACCCAAGAUGAAAAUUGUAUUCCACUAACAAUAAACUGCUGGCCCUCUGAGAAUGGUCAAGGCGGAUGUGAUGUGAAUAUCGAGUUUGAACUUAUGAAUGAAAAUUUGGAAUUGAAUGACCUCAACAUAACAAUCCCUUUGCUACAUGGUUCAUCUCCAAUUGUGAGCGAAUGCGAGGGUGAAUACAAUUUUGAUCCUCGCAAGUCACACCUGCAGUGGAUGGUUCCCGUCGUUGAUAAAAACACAAAAACGGGAGCCCUCGAAUUUUCCGCUCCUGGGUCACCUGAAGACUUUUUCCCAGUGACCGUUUCCUUUGCCUCGAGAAAGCCAUAUGCAGAUAUCAAUAUUACCGAAGUUGUAAACGUUGAUGAUGAUUCUCCAGUGAAGUUUUCCUCGGAGGUCAUGUUCUUUGCUGAAAAGUAUGAAAUAGUCUAAAAGAAAUUUGUAUUUAUAAAUAUUGUUAAAAGUAUGGAAAAAAGAAAUUGUUGUUUCUAUCAUCUGUAUUUCUUGUCCGCAUCCAAGCACUCAUGGUAUUUCUCUUUUGUGUUCUGCAUCAUGUCUUACCAAAUUUUUAGCCAUCAAUAUAUUGUGAAGGCCACAAUUUGUGUCCUCAGUCCAUUAAUUUCUUGUUGAGGGUCCAUUCAAUUUUAUUUUCAAUUUAAGGUUCUACUAGCAUACGAACAUGUAACUUGAAAUAAAUUUAGCACCAUGUGUGCUUCGACAACUCAAA